AUGGACGCCAGCGCUGCCGACUCUCAUGGUGGAGGCGUCCCCUCGUCCGUUAUCCAGAACCGCCACAUCCCCCGUCGGGGCGCUGUCCCCAGCCGUCGCCGCUCCUUCAAUCAUGUCAUCCGCGCCAGCGCCAAACGCCUGGCCCAGUCUCAGGAUGUCCAGGCCUGCGAGCGUCUAGGUCUCCCCUGUGCCACAGCCGACGCCGACGCCGCCACCCACCCCCGCGGCGGUGCCCUUCGUCCUCAUCUCGAGACCGAGCUUCGCCGUCAUUGGGGUGCUUCCCGCCCCCCGCCUCGCAUGCGCUGCCGGAAUCGUCCCAACCUUCCCUGCGGACAAGAUGAGGAGGACGAGGGCCGCGAUCUCGCCCACAGCGAGAUUCCCCUGCCCAGCGAUCGCUUCCGGCUCGUCCGUCGGCCUGCUCUUGAGAGGGAAGAUGCUUUCCGCGACGCCGCCACCUCUGCUAGGGGCAAGGUUCGCCUCAGGCGCUCGGUGCCCGACGCCGAUGACGCCCAAGUCGCCGAGCUCUACAGCAUGGGGCUGCUAUACGACGACGCUGAUGACGCCGAUGGCCAGCGGGGCGGCCGCACCCUCAGCUUGAACAGCAUCUGUCAUGAGCAGCCCGUCUACUCGAUCCGUCAUGACCGGCGGACGCGCAGGCCGUCCAAGUCCAAAGGCCCCGGCCGAGACCCCCCUCUGCAGCUGGAAUUCUCCUUUUCCGAUCUGGGCGACGAUACCGCCAUCGCCCAGUACCUGGCCGUGCCUUCUGCCCAUGCCCUCGAGGCCGACGACCAAGUGAUGGAACAGGCGCCUUGCCCGUCCCGGCAGCAUUCAUAUCCCCCACUCCGCGUCAUCUACGAACUCGCCGGCUCGCGGCCCACGUUUGACGUCGAUACUUCGCAGCCCCCAGACCUGGUUACCGACCUCAUAUCCGACUACGACUGCUUCACCGACAGCGAGCUCGACGACACGCCUUCGCAGCGCGAGGUGCACGAGAGCGACGACCACGCGGCCUCGGAUCCGUGGGUCAUGCUAGGCGACGACUCGUAG